ACAACAACAACAACAACAACAACAACAACAACAACGACAACAACAACGACAACAACAGCAAUGUCGCAAUGGACCAUAACAGGAAAUAUGAGUGUUGCACGAUAUGCUCACACAGCAUCCACAUUAGCAAAUGGAUCAGUUUUAGUUGCCGGUGGAUAUAACAGUGGUGGUUGUCUUAGUAGUGCUGAAUUAUAUAAUCCAUUAACAGGCACUUGGACAAUCACAGGAAACCUGAAUGCUGCACGAUAUAUUCACACAGCAUCCACAUUAGCAAAUGGAUCAGUAUUAGUUGCUGGUGGAAUAAGCUUCACUGUUUCUCUCGAUAGUGCUGAAUUUUACAAUCCAUUAACAGGGACUUGGGCAACUACAGGAAGCAUGAAUGGCGCACGAUAUUAUCACACAGCAUCCAAAUUAGCAAAUGGAUUCAUAUUAGUUGCUGGUGGUGCAAGCAGCACUGGUAUUUUUCUCAAUAGUACUGAAUUGUACAAUCCAUCAACAGGCACUUGGACAACUACAGGAAACAUGAGUAUCGCACGAAAAUCACAUACAGCAACCACAUUAGCAAAUGGAUCAAUUUUAGUUGCUGGUGGAUUUAACAGUGGUGGUUAUCUCAAUAGUGCUGAAUUGUACAAUCCAUUAACAGGCACUUGGGCAACCACAGGAAACCUAAAUGCUGCACGAAGUCUUCACACAGCAUCCAUAUUAGCAAAUGGGUUCGUAUUAGUUGCUGGUGGAAACAAUGGUGCUAAUCUGAAUAGUGCUGAAUUGUAUAAUCCAUCAACGGGCACCUGGACAACCACAGGAAACAUGAAUGCAGCACGAGAAUAUCACACAGCAUCAAUAUUAGCAAAUGGAUCAGUAUUAGUUGCUGGUGGACAGAACAGCGGUGGUUCAGUCAAUAGUGCUGAAUUGUACAAUUCACCAACCGGUAGUUGGACAAUUACACGCAGCAUGAAUAUCAGACGAUGUUAUCACACAGCAUCCACAUUAGCAAAUGGAUCGGUAUUAGUUGCUGGUGGAGAGAACAACGGUGGUAAUCUUCUCAAUAGUACCGAGGUAUAUUAAUCAAUAUAGACAGAAUGGCAUUUUCUUUUGUGAACUGAAUCAUACUUUUUUUAUAUGUAAUCAAACUAUUUAAUCAUUCACAUUUUCUAAUAAAUUAUCAUUUACCAAAUAAUAUAUGCGUUGCAGUAAUAUCUCGAAGUCAUAUUGUAUGGAGGUUAUUGAAAAAGAGUCAUGAUUGAUAAAACACAGAUCAUUAUUUUAACAACUGAGUUGAUAUAAAUACAGAUGUGAAGAAUAUUAAUCAUUGCUUGUUACUAAUUACAUGUAUCUUGACGAGAGCUAGUUCAUACAUGAUAAUAACAUGAAUAAUCGUUCACAAGAAAAUCACAGAUGAAUAGUUCAAUAAUAUGUUGAAACAAAUCAAUUUUUUUCAUCUACGCCCUUUUUUGUCAAAUAAUUUGAUCAGCUUAAUUAUUGUAUUUUAGAAAGUGAAUAUAUUUUAUGUUCUUUAUUAUGUGCGUAAUUCUAUAAAACGAAUGAUAGCCUAGACAAAAAAACAAGGUAUAU